CUUAUCGAGACAGCCCUCUCUAUGAGAUGACAUCUUCACAACUCUCCUGCACACACCCUUGAGCCAUGGUUCACUUCACUCCUCUGCAGCGCCCAAGUGUGGGUGUCUUCAGCCAGUUUCCGCUCCCCAAGGUCGCCGCUGCCUUCCUCAUCCUCUUCGCCUUCGUCCUCCUCGCACACGACCUCAGUCCCCACUUGAGCUCGCGCACGCCGCAGUAUUAUGACUAUUCAAUCUCUCCCAGCGUGAAUAGCUCGCAUCUUCACGAGGCUUUUGGCGGGUCGCGUUUGGCGCGCACGCUCGGCAGCAACGAGCGGGAAUAUCAGAGGAUGAUCGUGAACAGAGAGAACCUCAUUAAAUGGGUUGGAGGAAGACAGAUCGCCUCAUUCCCUUCCAAACAGACCCAGUUCUACGUCCUGUGGGACUUUUACAUCCCCGCUUUUUCGUGUCCCUUUCCGAUGUACCGUGUCGGCACACUCGCCGAUGGCGGGAAGUGGGUCUGCGGCCUCGAGCGUAUCAUCAGUAACAACCCCCGCUGCAUCGUCUACUCGCUCAACAACAACACGCAAUCCUACUCCUCAUUCGAACAGGACAUUCUCGAGAGGUCUUCCAAGUGCCAGGUGUUCGGAUUCGAUGUGAGCUCGCAGGGCACGGCGCCUGAUUGGCCAUGGGGCCAAGAAAAGCACCGAAUCGACUCGCGACUGCAUGUGCACAAUUUCGGGAUCGGCGACAAGGGUCGCUCACUACGCAGCGUCAUGAAACAGCUCGGACACAAAUUCAUUGACAUUCUCAAGGUUGAUCUUGAGGGUGGCGAGUUCGCCGCACUUCCCUCGAUCCUGGCAGAGUGGGGCGAUCAGCCGCUGCCGUUUGGCCAGUUGCUGGUCGAGGUCCACGUCGGUUGGACGAAAGAUAUGACGACGGUGGGCGAUUUCGGAGCCUGGUUCGAGAGGCUGGAGCAAGCAGGACUGCGGCCCUUUUAUUUUGAGAUCAGCAUGACGGAUGUGAAUACGAUGCGUGCGGAGCCGGCGGUGGGAUACUGGUCAUUUAUGAACAUCAGAGGCAGUCAUGCGCUUUUAGACGACAGCUUACCAGAGUAUCCUUGAUUUUCUUUGGAAAUUACAUCAGCCCGAGUUGCAAAUGAACGUUCCAAAACAUUUGAUGAAACUCAGGUCCCAAUCAAGUUCGGUCCCGAUUGGAAGUUUAAUUCAUUGAAAUCAAGAUUGCAGUAAAU